AUGCGAGCCCUCCAUCUCUCAAUACUCCCACUUAUCACCCUCAUAUCGUCCACACUCGCCACCAACCCCGUCGACUGGUGGUACUUUGAUGCAUGGGACGGGCUGAGUUGCGGUGACCUACCACAAAACGGCCAACUCUUCUUUACGGCCGACGGGACAGGGUCUGAAAUUUGCAUCAACCUCAACGAGGGCCAACGAGCUUAUUCGUACGCGGCAUCGUUUGGAAAAGAUGAUACUGUUGUUCAAGGGUUUUUGAAUGAGCAUUGCGAGGGCCCGAGCAAGGUUCUGUUGAAUAAUACUUGCACAAAUCCCGAUGUGGAGAUUCCAUAUGCGAAGUCAUGGAAGAUUGUUUCUGGGGCGGAUGAUUGA